AGGACUAACAUUGAACAGUGAGAUAGAAGUGCUGGUUUUGAAGCUGUCGACGUCACGAAUAAUGGAACAGGGACAAAAAUUAAGCAGAGACAUAGAUGGAACACCUCAGGUAAUGAUUCCCCCUCAAAUGAUGUAUUGUGGAGGGUACCCUGUAAAUCAGGAUCAAAUCCAAAGUCCCUAUUUCGGUUAUGAUCAUAAUCCCUUCAAUAGUUCACCAAACUUUAGCCCAAACCAAGAUACCGAACAGUCAUCUAUAAGCACAUUUCCUCCCUCCAAUUCUCAACCCGAACCAGGUGUUAAGUCUGAGGAGCCUACAGAUUUUUCCGUUAAUUCUUCAUUAAUUAUUGAAGAAAACAAUAGGAGAAAUAACCAGAAUAUUGUAAACAGUUCACCCAGUUCUAACUGCAAACCAGAGCUUCUGGUCAAUAGCGUUGAUAAUGCACUUAAGGGAACAGGAUCAUCGAAAACCGACAAUACAGUACUUCCGAAAAUAGGAAAAGUCAGUCAUUCGGCUCAUCGACCCAAGCUACCUCAGCAAACACUUACAUCUAGUAGAAGUACUCAGAAAGUUCAUUCCAAAGCUAGACCCAAAAAACCCCACCAAGAAGUGUCCACGGAAUCUUCUAACAAGAAUUUGCAACAAUCCAAUCCUUAUGCUCACUGGUAUCAAAUGAUGUCACAGUACUACAACCAAUUUUAUUCACCGUAUCAAAUGGCUCAGCUACCGGUGCUACCUCAACAAUCCACCUCUCACCUUUCUAUGAACAAAUCAUCAAAAACACCUGCAAGUCAUCCACUUAAUCCUACUAUAAAAAAUGGACCUGAAGGAUUUCAAAUACCAUCUGUAAAUCGAAUAGGAUCGUUAGACUAUGCAAACUACUACUAUCAAUAUUACGCUGCAGCUGCACAAUUAUGGUCUGGUGGUUAUCCAUAUCAAUUUUUUGGAACAUGUAUUCCUGAAACUCCACGUUUUUACAAUACUCCACAUGUAAAAGCUUGGCUUAGUUGUCCUGGCGUUAUUGUUCAAGUUAGUUAUCAUAUAUUUAGCUAAAAAAAUGAACUUGAAAAAAUAACUAAAUCAUACCUUUUUUAGGUUUUACCUUCAAGGCCAAGGAAUGGAGAAUUUGCCAGAGUUGAAAUAAUUAACCUGUUUGAACUUGUCAAUGAAGCUGUGGCUGAUGCAACGAGAAGAGCAUCAGACAACACUACACGCACUUGCGACUCUGAAUUUAGCCAACAACAACAACAACCAUCCGAACAAAAUGUUCUUUUUAAUAUGACUGAUUCUGGCAUGCAAACUCCAAGUCGACUCUCUAGUAUUGACGCUGGAGGUGCUGAAGACGAUGGCGAAGAAAUACGUGCCUGUGUCAUGGCUACUGCAUGCUGGAACCAAGCGGAGCAUCAGUUUUAUCCAGGGCCGUUAAAUCGUAUAGGUACUCUAAAAGCUGAUGUACUUGCUUUCUUACAUGAAAAGCUUACGGAGAUUCAAGAUCGGCUACCUAUCGAUUGGGGAUCUGCUGGCUUACUAAUAAUGUUCCUUGAAACCUUGAUUAAAAAUAAUGGUAAUCUGCAGACAUCAGAUCUUGUAAAUCUUUUACUGGAAGGACACAAACCAACUACCGAUAGUUUCAGGAGUGGCUCCUAUGGAUAUUCUUCUAGUUCCUAUCUAGGAGUUCAGGUGCCUGUACAAUAUUCAGGUACUUUAAACAAUUAUAAUCAUCAGGUUGGGGAAUAUGUAAACGAAUCGUUAGCUUCAUUACCUGGGAGUCAAGUUACAAGUGGUCGCGAAAGUCCCGAGUCACAUUUCGAAAUAGACUAUGGAAGUAGUUUGUUACAGCACAGCAAAGCAGCUUCGGAAACUGGAAGAAUGAGUUCUGUCCAAAAUAUUAUUCGACGUAUGGGAGGAGUCCAUAUAGGCGAAAGGGGGUCGCGCAGCCAGGAGUCGGAAGGCAAACUUCUGGAUCGUUUUCGUGAAUUGUUAAUGCAUGGCUUACCAAUAAAAGCGUUAGAACAUGCUUGUCGAUCUAAACUAUGGGGUCAUGCAUUUACAUUGGCUCAUCGGAUGGGUCCUUCAACAUUUGCAAAGGUAAUGGAUCGUUUUCUAAAUAAUGACAUAUCAAUAUCGGAUCCUAUUCUUACAUUGUAUCAAUUAACUGCUGGAGAAAUGCCACAAUCUGUUAAUACAGCGGCUUAUGGACGAGGCAUAGAUAAUGGUGAUUGGAGACCACAUUUAGCUAUGAUAUUGGCUGGUCACUCAUCGCAAUCCGACUUAUCACUUUUGGCCUUGGAACGUCUUGGUGAUGGUUUACUAUCACGAAAACAUGUUUAUGCUGCACACUUAUGCUAUUUACUGAUGAAUUCAUUGAAAAAUAUUGAUGAUAAACAGAAAGAAUUUCGUUUACCUGGUAAAAUCUGGUUAAUUGGUGUCCCUCCCACUUAUAUUACUAGUGGUGGUGAUGUUGUCAACAAUACUUCAGAUGGAUUCCAGGAGGAUAAUAUUGCGUCAAAUCAUACCUUAUCCCCAUUGUUCGCUACUUCAGAAGCUAUUCAACUCACUGAAAUAUAUGAAUAUUCUAUCCAGUUGGCUAACCGUAAAUUUCAUCUACGUCAAUUAAUGCCUUUUCGUCUUGUUUAUGCUAUACGACUUUUGGACGCUGGUUUUAUCGAGAAAGCUUAUCGUUAUUUAACAGCUAUCGGGAAUGAGAUUCUUACUGAAAUUGAUGAAACAGCACAUCAACUUAAGCUUCAAUCAGUAUAUAAUGAUGAUAAUAAUAAUACAUAUGUUGAUCCAUUAUUGUACAGUUUAAUUAGUAAUUGUCUACGAUUAGCUGAACCAUUACAAUAUCAUCCAGAAAUUGAAAGUUUCGAUAUAUUACAAUUAUCAACUAACAGUCAAAUAAUGGAAGAUUAUAGUUUUGGAUUUCAAUUUAAAAAUCCAUCGUAUUCUAUGCCUGUACAAAAUAAAAAUAAAAAUUGGAUUGAACGAUUAAAUCAAAUCUUUAAUCAAAUGAAUCAAAAGAUCAAUCAUCCACGCUACAAAACAUCUGUAGAAAAACCAAAAGAAAAUCCCAGUAGUGAUGCUCAUUUUACUAAUGAAGCUAUGAAAACAGAAUAUUCCGAUCAUAAUGAUUCUAAUUAUCUUCAUCCUCAUCAUCAAUCAUCACUACCACCUCAACAACAACAACAACAACGUCAGUAUCAUCAAUUUAAUAAAGAAUCAAAUUAUAAACCAUCUGUUGAAUAUAGAUCUAAUGUUCAAACACAUGACUCUUCUUUAUUUUUAUCGACGGAUAAUAGAGAUCAACGUAAAGUUAAUAUUUUUAACUCAAAUAGAAAUGAUAACAAUUAUAUUCCUCAUGAAGUCAGUAAUAAUAAUAAUAAUAAGGAUCCGAAAACCAUCUCGAAUUAUUCUUCUAUACGAAAUAAUAAAAAUGAUCAAUUUGUAGAUCCUAUUCAAAAGAUGAAUUCAUCUAAUCAAUCAUCUAUUCAUCAAAGACAAUUGUUUAAUCAUGAAUCAUUCAGUCCACAAUCACCACCUUCAUUAUCAUCAGUACCAUCUCAUGAAUACUCUUAUCAAUCAGAAUCCUAUCGUCAAUUAUCUUCUAAUUCAACAUCUAAUCUUAUUCAACAACAUAAUUAUUCUAUGAAUUCACCUGUUCAAUUGUCAAAUUAUCCAUUGUCUUCACAAUCAGAUCAACCAAUCAAUUCAAUGUUGCAAUCAACAUUAGCAGUUUCAACAUCAUCCUCAUCAUCAUCGGUAACAACUACAUUGAAUGAAAUGAAUAAUUCUAUUUUUAUGCCUAUCAAUCAUCAAACUGAUUCACAAUUAAUGAUAAAUAAUGAUAAUAGUUCAUUAAAUUAUUCUACAUUAUCUAAUCAACAACCGUUUGAUUAUUUUGCAAAUAUUCAAAGUAUUCAGUCACGUUCUCGUACAGUAUCCGGUAAUUCUGAAAACAAUACUGUUAAUAUGAUAAAUUCCACGACUGUUGAUCAAUUGGAUUCAUCAUCCAAUAAUAGUCGGAAUUUCUUAUCUACCAAAUAUGAAAAUUCAUUUACAAACGAACAACAUUUUCAACAACCUCAGAAACAAUCUAUUUCUAAUUUAUCACAAAUGAAUUAUCUUCCUCAACCUUCUAGACAUCCAUCUUCAAUGAUGAAUGAUCAUUUCAAAGAUUACAAUAAUACUCUUGCUACUACUACUACUGCUACUACUUCCACUACUACUAUUAAUAAUGAUAAUAAUAGUAGUAGUGAACGUUUUACACAGGACAAAUCAAGUGAUUUGAAUAAUUUAGAUAAAAAUGAACAACAAUCAAAAGAUGGUUGGUUAUCAGGUUGGUUUGGACGUCUCAAGAAAAAUGGUCCAAAGAAUGUUCAUCUACCGGAUGAUUCUAAGCCUUCUAUAGUUUGGGAUGAUCGCCUUAAACAAUGGAUUGAUGUGAAUGAUCCUGACGGAAGUGAAUCAAACAAGGUACCACCACCUCCACCAGCAUCUUCAUUUAUUAUGCCAAAAAAUGAUGACAGUUCAAUGAGUAAUAGUAGUAGUAGUAAUAAUACUAAUAAUAGUAGUGCGCUGAAUCCACCUCUGUUUCCUACUUAUCAUCCAGUCUCUGUUCCUUCAGGGUCUAUUUCAUCACGUACUAGCAAUUCUCGGUCACGUUAUGUAAAUAUAUUGGCUAGUGAUACUUUAGAAUCCGGAGCAAAUAAAUUGAUCAAUCCACUUCAACCCCCACUUCCACAAACAAUUAACAAUCCACGUUCAUUAAACUAAUGAGAUCUUUCACAUUUGUGUGUAAUCCUUUUUUGUCUUCUUCAUAAACUAUUCUAUCUAUUAGCAAUUACCCUCCAGCAAACUGUUGUAUUCAUAAUAUUACACCAUGAAUCAUAUGUAUGUACGUACAUGCAUGGAUCCACGUGAACUCAGUGAGUUUUGUUCACUCCCAAUUAAAAAAAAAAAAGAGAGGAGUUUUCAAAGCACAAUUCUAAGUAUUACAUGAAUCAGUGAGGAAUAAUACAUUUUAAUGUAGAAAUAAACAAUUUCUUAAUACAAAAAUGAACUUUCCCUUUAUCUCUUCCAGUUGAAAAAAGAUAAAUAAUUAUAUAAUUUAUAUACUAUUGACUUCUUUGAUUAGUUAUUAUUUCCCAUUUGGUUUCUUUUUAAUUUCUCGAAGGUUGUUGUUACUAAGCUCUUUUGUUCUUCUUCUUUUUCUUCUACUCUGGAAAGCGUCAUGAAAUUUAAACUAUUUUUGCCGCCUCCCCUCUCCUUUCACAUUUGGUUACAGCUCAUCAUCACUUUAAUAUUGUUAUUAUUUAAAUUGCACACAAUGAUUCCCUAAUCUGUGAUGUUGUUGAUAAUGAUCAUAUUUCAUGUUCAUACUAUCUUGUGUUUUUCUUCUUUCUUUCUUUCUUUCUUCGCUUUCUCGUUUGUCUUUUGUUGAACAUUUUAUUCAAUUGUCAAUAUUGAUGAAAUUCUUCCUUCAUUCCCACCCCACCCCCAUCUUCAUCUUAUUAUUUUGGCAAUCUCUGUUUAUUUUAGUUAAUUUGUUGCAAGAAUGUUCUAAGAUUGAAAACAAAAGUACACACAUACACACAGUGACAAAAAUGUUUUUUAAAAAAAAUUAUUUCCCCCUAUUUCUAACCGGUAUUUCUUUUGGUGUAUAUAUGUGUGUGUGUGUGUGUGUGUAAAAAUCAUAAAUACACAUGGCUAAAUAUAAGUUUCUCUUUAAUGGUGAUUUAUUGUCGAUGUUGUGUAAAUAUCCGAUAUUAUUAUUGUUGUUCAGACUUUAUUGUAUACCACUUACAUGCUAAUUAGAUAUAGUACCUG